AUGAAUUCUCUAUCCAAUUUCCAAAUUCCCGAUGCUUGGGAAGUCAAAGACGUGGUCAACAAAUUAAAGAGCGUCGUGCUGAACUACACAGAGAUGGAGGCCAAAGUGCACGAAGCUACCAACAACGAGCCGUGGGGAGCUUCCAGUACCCUUAUGCAAGAAAUUGCUCAAGGUACUUACAACUACCAAUACUUUAACGAGAUUAUGCCCACUGUCUACAGACGAUUCACCGAGAAAGAAUCUAAGCAAUGGCGUCAAAUAUACAAGGCAUUAGUCUUGCUUGAAUACCUCAUAAAAAACGGCUCUGAACGUGUAGUCGAUGAUGCCCGUUCCCAUGUAUCGAUGAUCAAGGUGAUGCGCAACUUUUACUAUAUUGAUGAUAAGGGCAAAGAUGAAGGAUUGAAUGUCCGAAACCGAGCAAAGGAAAUUGUUGAAUUAUUAGGCAACACGGACAAGAUCAGAUCCGAACGUAAAUUGGCCAAGAAGAACCGAAACAAGUACACAGGUGUAGGUUCUGACUCUUCUGGUGGCAUGCGAUCCAUGGGUUUAGGUAGCGCAGGCUAUGGUGGUGGAUCAAAGUAUGUAGGUUUUGGCAGCGAUUCUUACUCUGGUGGUGGAGGCAUUAGUUUUAAUGGUGAUGCUUUGAGUUUUGGCGAGGAAACUCCUUAUCCUCAUCAAAGUGGCCGUUAUGACGAAGACGAUGAAGAUCAAGGUGGCUAUCGCAGUGACAGUAACGAAGAUGCCUCUGCAUCCUCCAAGAGGGCCACUACUACCGACGAUUUUGAUACAAAGCAAUCCAACGACGAUGACUGGGGAGACUUUACCUGGGGAGAGCCUACUGCAUCUACUCAGGAAACAAAGCCAGGCGGUAACAACAGCAUCCUGGACGACGAUUUUGCUGAUUUCCAGCACGCUGUUGCUGAUGAACCUGUUCAAACAGCAGCACCAAAGAAAUCACAGCAGCAAGAUUUGUUUGAUUUGUUGGGAGAUGAUGCCAGUACCACACCAGUGACACCUUCAGCGGCUCAUCCACAACAGCAAUCACUACACAUGUUUGAAACCAAACAGCCCAUGGUUCCAUCUUCACAACAGCAUCAGCAGCAGCAACAACAACAACAGCAACCACCCAAACAAGAGGAAAAGAAGGUCGAAGCAAGCACACCCACGGGCAUGUGGGCACAAGCAUCCAACUUUGUUUCAUUGGAUUCUCUGGGCAAAAAGAGCAACAACACUACACAAAGCACUGGACCCUCCAUGAACGCAUUAAAGAAUACCAGCGUUCAAGCAGACUGGAAUAACUGGGCCAGCAACAACCCAACCAAGCCUGCAGCACCACCCGCUAAAGCUUCGUCCCCCUUUGACGACCUACUAUUCUGA